GAGCAACAUUAUAUUCGAGCAUGCGCAAGAGCUCGUACUUCUCUAUUUUCGAGGUGCUAUUUUCCAGUUUUCUAAUAAAAUCUAUUUCUAACUCGCUAUAGUUCGACUAAGUAUUGUGCAGAAUGUAUAGAGGACAUCCUAGAGGUAGCAGGGGACCUUUCAAAAGGGGUCCAAAUGGCCGAGGAGGAGGACCCCCAGCCAAGAGGGGAGGCUUUUACAGUGGCCGAGGGGCAGGUGGCUCUAGACCGCAGAUGGGAGGUACAUUGGCAGAGGCAGGGCGGAUCAUUCAAGGAAUCGCUAAAGGAAUCAUGGAAUCAGCAACCUCAACCUCAGCCACUGAGGAUCCAGGUGCUUACGCAGAAGAUAUCUUGGAUGGUCAAGAAAAAGGAUUUACCGAUUUUGAGGGACCAUCCGAGCAUGAAAAAAUGCUAGAGAAAGAAUUAGCCAAAGCGCGACAGCAAAGAAUCAUGGGAACGUCAAAUGUGGACAAGAUAAAUACAGCAUUAAUGCGCCAAUCUAUGGAUGAAGGUGGUGAUAUUGGAUUUGAGGAGGAAUAUGAUGACUAUGACAUGGGACUGGAUGAUUUUGAAGAUGAGUUUUAUGAUGUAGGAUUUGCACCGAGAGGCCGUGGUAUGAUUCCACCAAGAGGGCGGGGUGUACGUGGAAUGAUGGCUCCAGGCUGGGGUAUGGCGGGGAGGGGACGAGCUAGGGGUAUGUUAGGUCCUGUAGAUCCUUUAAUGGCAAGACAUGCAGUGAUGAGAAGACGUAUGAUGGCCAUGAGAGCCCGAGGGAUGGACCCUCGUGGACAUGGUAUGAUUCCAAGGGGGCGAGGCGUACCCCCAUUGCCACUGGCAGGAGGGAGAGGACGUGGUGGAGCUGCUGUACCUCCACAGGAAGCUCCAUAUCACAUAAAAUUCUCGCGGGUCAAGCAAUCACUCCCAAAAAAAUUCGACGAGAAACGAGAUGACCAUCACGAGGAACUCGCUGACCUUUGCAACUCAAACAGACUCUCAUAUACACUGGUCUACAAAUACUCCACAUCUGCGACUAGUUCCGUCUCUGCUAGUAUCUACAUCGGUGCUGUAUUCAUUGAGAGCGCUAGAGGCAGCUCGAAGAAAGAAGCGAGGAAAGAUGCAGUUGAUGCCGCUAUUAAACAGAUUAGGCAAAAACCUCCAGAUUUCUUCCAAAAUCGGGGCAUUCAUCUCCAAGAGAAGUUUCACUUCAAUAACACUGAUUUUGAUCACUUCACACGUGGGAAGCGACAUACUAAGAUCUCCAACAUGGCUGGACUGAUAGGGCAAACUCAGGUCUCAUUUAAGGACUUUGCUGUUCUGGAGACUGAUAAAGAAACCUCACCUACAAUUAAGCUGCUUGAAUCUGGCACAUUUAGUCACUGUCUUGUACAGCUAAUUCUGGAAGAUGCCAGUGAACCCAAUAGUGAGAGUGAAACUUAUAAUCACUGUCUUGUACAGCUAGUUCUGGAAGAUGCCAGUGAACCAAAUAGUGAGAGUGAAACUUAUAAGUGUGAAGCCUUCAUUGGAACUCUUGGCCUACACACCAUGCGUUGCGUCGGGAAAUCUGGUUCGGAUAUAAUUCAUACAGCAAGCGAAGCACAGAAUGAGGCAGCUCAAAAUGCAUUGACAUAUUUGCGACUGACAGCUCCAACUGUAAAGAUGGCAGACACAAACCCAACGACACUGUUUCCGAGGAAUACAGAUUACCCACUUCCUGUGUCAGUGAAGAGUCUGGGAUGUGAUGCAGCUCAACCUUGGUCCAUGAAUGAAGGGGCACUUGAGAACCUCGACAUGUUACUGAAAGGCUUGAAGGAGAAUCAACCACUGAAUGAAAUUUUCAUUUAUGACAAAACUGCACCUAACGGAGACUUCAAGGAGAUUAAAGAGUAUAUAAAGAAAGACUUCAAGGCAACAGAGAAAGAUAUAGAAGGGGUGAAGUAUUUAGCCAUCUCACUGCGACAGACUGCCAUGGAAAUCGUAGGCCACUUAGAAAAGAAAGAUUACAAUAGUGCCCGCUACACGCUACAAACUCCUUCCCUGGAAAACAUUGAUGGUCUGAUUGUGAGUCGCACCUUCAAAAAUAAAACCACUAAUUAUAAUAGACUGCGUAAGUUGUUUGAGGAUUCAAACUAUGAUGACGUAAAACACCACCUGGCAGAGUUCUACUUUGAACUUCAGAAAGAAAUGUUGAAUGAGCCCAGCUACCAAGCAGGCAUGAUCUUACAAGAGAGUUCCACAUUCUCAUUGGCUAAAACGGAGCACGCCUUUGAAUCAGUGACUCUGAAAGGAGGCCUUGAGGUUACAAUGUGCAGCAUAAGAGUAUUUGAUAUCCUUGUGGGUCGGGGACUUGGGUCUACCCAAGCGGAGGCUAAACACUUGGCGGACAAAGUAGUCUACAGAAAACUACAGAAACUAUGUUGGACGGUAAAAAUUCAUGAUAUUGCUAAGAGAAUGGAGUUAGAAGAAACAUCUGAACUGUAUCCAGACAUUAUAAAACCAGAGGAACUGUUUUUACCUAUGCCUGAUGUACCAACGAAUGAUCGAGACUUCACAGUGGUGGAGAUGGCCAAGAUUGAAGAAAAAAUGGCAACUAUGGAGGCUUCAGAUGAUGACCUGGUUUUUCAUCAAGGCUUCAAUCAGCGUGAAAAACAACGUCUGCGCGAGAUAUGUGCCCCAUUCCCUCACCUCUCUCAUAAAUCAAAGGCAGUUAAGGAUCACCUUAUAUUUAAGACCAAAUAUCCGGUAGAAGACAUAUUCAAGGCUGUUAAAGCAUUAGGUGGAAAGACGAAGAAAUAUGAACUGAUUGAACCAGAGUAUAUGCAAUUUGUCAAGGCAAACAAGUUUACGCUGGAUGAAACUGAAUCCAACCAAUCAGAGAUUACCAAGACCAGGAAAUCAAAGCGCCACUUUAAAGAGCUGAUUAUUGUUGAAAUAGAUGGUGAAGUACCCUUAAAGGAUCCUAUGACAUCUCUAGACAGAUGUGCAGACUUCAGUAACAUGCUCUUAGAAUACAAACAUAUGUCGGCAGUCAUUAACAAUGACAUGGUUCACCUAUGUUAUGUGUCAUUAGAGGGCUACAAAGUGGCUGAUGGAAGAGGACUUACUAAAGACCAAGCAAAGGCACAUGCAGCUUCUCAAGUAUUUGAAGCUCUACCUACUAAUCCAAGAAUAUUGAAAACAAUUAUUGGAUGUCCAUUCCCAGAGCAAUCAGAAGGAGAUGAAUCUAACAGUGUAUACACAAUCAAACCCAGUGAUCUUUUCGACAAUGACGACGAGAGAUUUCUGAAGAAGUUUGAAGACAAAACUAAGCUCAAGGUCCUUCUGGGUCGCUGUCAGCUAGAGGCAUACUGCCACCCGGACUUUGUUGACGAUGAACGCGACUUCAUUCAAAAGGUUGCCGAGGAAAGUGGGUUUGGAACUAGUAUUCAUUUCACAACAGACACCAAGAAAAAGUAUUUGCUUUUAGAACGCAAGCUGCAGGGACAUGAUCUUGUUAGAAGGCUUAAAACUGGUGGACUUAAGACCACCUUGUAUAAGAUGUCAUCGCCAUAAUGCAACAUGAUCAAAUAUAUCCAUAUAAUGUUAACAAAGACGUAGCGUCAUAUAUGCAUAAAACGCCAUGUGGUACUCUCAAAUUUAGAGAAAAGUUGAUUUUUAAAUUAAAUUACUGGAAUAUCAUUUACUAGAUCAAAAAAUUAUGGCAGUGAUGUAUCUAAAUAAUAU